CCUGUCGCGCUUCUGAGCGGCCGCCUCCCCCUCCUGCGAGCAGGGGACACCGCCCGCGCCCCGCAGCUUUCGAUCCUUUGAGUCCAGUUGCAGUGAUUUCAUCACCAAAUACUUGGAGUGCAAAGGAGAAGGAAACAAGAAAAUGAUGUCCAGACAGGCCUUUCUCUGUGGUUUAGGAUCUCUCUAUCUGUCCCUUCUCUUUAUAUUUCUCCUGAUGGAUGUGUAUGCAAGGCCUGCAAACAACUCUGCCCUGAAAGAAAAGCCAGCUGACAGCAAAGAUGAGAAUGAGAUCUUGCCCCCAGAUCACCUGAAUGGGGUCAAAAUGGAGAUGGAUGGACACCUCAACAAGGAGUUCCAUCAAGAAGUGUUUCUAGGGAAAGAGAUGGAAGAGUUUGAGGAAGAUUCAGAACCCAGGAAAAACAGAAAGAAGCUCAUGGCCAUCUUCUCCAAGGUGGAUAUAAACAAGGAUAAAAAGAUAGGGGCCAAAGAGAUGCAGCGUUGGAUCAUGGAGAAGACAGAUGAGCACUUCCAGGAAGCUGUGGAAGAGAAUAAAAUGCACUUCAGAGCUGUGGAUCCUGAUGGUGAUGGCCAUGUGUCCUGGGAUGAAUACAAGGUGAAAUUUUUGGCAAGUAAGGGCUUCAAUGAGAAAGAGAUGGCAGAGAAGAUCAGAAACAACGAGGAGCUGAAAAUAGAUGAAGAAACACAGGAAGUUCUGGAUAACCUGAAGGACAGGUGGUACCAGGCUGACAAUCCUCCUCCUGAUCUGCUGCUGAACGAAGAGGAGUUCCUGUCCUUCCUUCAUCCAGAGCACAGCAGAGGGAUGCUGAAGUUCAUGGUGAAAGAAAUCAUCAGAGAUUUGGAUCAAGAUGGAGACAAGAAGCUCACCCUCUCAGAGUUCAUUUCACUGCCUGUUGGGACUGUUGAGAACCAGCAAGCUCAAGAUAUUGAUGAUGACUGGGUGAAAGACAGAAGGAAGGAGUUUGAGGAGGUCAUUGAUGCUAACCAUGAUGGCAUUAUCACAAUGGAGGAGCUGGAGGAAUACAUGGAUCCUAUGAAUGAAUACAAUGCCCUCAAUGAAGCCAAGCAGAUGAUAGCAGUAGCAGAUGAAAACCAAAACCACCACCUGGAGCUGGAGGAGAUCCUGAAGUACAGUGAAUACUUCACAGGCAGCAAGCUCAUGGACUACGCACGCAACGUCCACGAGGAGUUCUGAUCCUGCUCUCUUUUUCCAGAGCUCUGAAGCACUUUCUUGCUUUGAAAACAACAACAAAAAGAAGAAGACAAGAAGAAAAAAAACCACCUCCAACCCUCUAAGAGACAGAAAAUUACUUUUGCUGCUAUCUGUGUUAAUCUGCCUACAGUUUGUCCUAGGCUCCAACCUUCCGUCCAUACCUAGAUCUACAGGCGUAGAUCUUUGGGGCAGGGUGGGAAGUAAGGCCCUAACUAACAGGACUGCAUCAGUUUGUACAGUUAACCCAGCUGGAAUUUCAGCUGCUUGGUCCUUGUUGGUUGGAGGCUUCUGGAAUGUUUAACUCUUUGUUGCCCUCCUAGCUGCUGAUCCAUGGAAAUACAAAGUGACACUGAAAGAAGGUGGUUCAAUGGGGUGGUGGGUGGGAGAUGUCGUGGAAUGAUGGAGUGAUUUGGCUGCUCUCUCAGCAUCUCAACCUGCUUAGGUGUUGAGAACUUACUGCAGGGUCUCUUUCCAUCACUGAAUUGGCAGGUGUGGGGAAGAACUUUGGUUUUAAUCAGAAUGUCAGGUUGGAAGGGACCCCAAGGAUCCUCUGGUCCAACCUUUCUGGUCUAGAGAGAUGUUUUCUCUCCCCUUGCUUUAUAAAGCAAACAGGUUCUCAGGUGCCAGGUUUUGUGCUUGUGACUGCACUGAGAAUGGGAGAAGCUUGAGGUUGCUUCUGUCUUAAAUCACAUUUCAUCCUUGAAAGGUUUCUUUGUGGUCUUAAAGGGAUUGGGUAGAAUUCUAGAAUGGGUCAGGUUGGAAGGAACUUGACAGGAGCCUUCAGGAGCUUACCAGGAAUCUGGGGGCAAGUUUGAGUUCUAGCAGUGACAGAAGUAGACACAGAAUCAUCAUAGAAUGGGUUGGGUUGGAAGGGACCUCAGAGAUCAACUCCAACUCCCCUGCCAUGGGCAGGGACACCUCUCAACUAGACUUGGCUGCUCAAAGCCUCCUCCAACCUGGCCUUGAACACCCCCAGGCAGGAGGCAUCCACAGCCUCCCUGGGCAGCCUGUUCCAGACUCUCACCACCCUCAUACUGCAGAGCUUCUUCCUCAGCUCCAGUCUCACUCUGCUCUGCCUCAGCUUCAAACCACUCCCUCUUAUCCUGUCUUUAGACCUCCCAAAAAGUCCUUCUGCGCCCUUCCUGUAGGGGUCCCUUCAGAAUGUCAGGCGUUAGAAGGGAGCUCAUCCAAUCCACCCCUUCCCUGCCAGAGCAGGUCACAUACAACACUGCAAUUCCUCUUAAGUCUGAUCUACCUACCUUUAACUCCGCUGUUCAAACCAGUUGCAACUACUUGCUUUGGUGCAGCUUGAUGAUGAUGAACUCCUGGCUGAUGAAGCUGGGGGAAACACCAAUUCUGUUUUUCAGCUGCAAGACAACAGCACUUGGGAAGCUUCUUGGAUCAGCCUGGGUUUGGGUUAUCUGUGAAUGCAUUCUUGUAACACAGGGGUCAGAUCCACUACUGCUUGAAAGAGAAGAUUUUCUUCUUUCCUCUGCUUCCAGCUUUGCUGGAAAGAAAGAAAACAAAGCAAAGCAACCAACCCCAAACCCUCUUCUUGAAGGGCUGCCUGAAAAGAAAAAGCCAAGUCAGAGGUUAUAUUUGAUUAAAGUUAUUCUCUUAAUAUAAUGUAAAUAGAAAUCCUGCUCUCUCUUUACUCUUCCAGUGUUCCCCCUCCUUUGAUUUUCCUUUUGGGUGGGUAGGUUUUGCUCCACAGCUUGUACCAGAGUCCCUUUUUGGUUUGUUUUUUAAUACAUCUCUUUGCAUUAAA